GAGGAGAGAGAUAAAUCUCUACGCCAUCCACAGAGAAAGAAAGAGAGAGAUCCUAUCAAUUUUGCCUGCAAAUGACCCUUUCCUUUCACCUCUCUGUUGCAGUUUCUAGGGAGAGAAAGACUUCCUUUCACCUCCGUGGUGCAGGUGCAGUUGGUAGAGAGAGAGAACCUGUCUAAAUCCCAUACAAUACUUGAACACUCCUCUCUUCCCUUCACUGCCCUGGUGCAGUUGAGAGAGAUGGGUAGAGGGAAGAUAGAGAUAAAGAGGAUAGAGAACCCAACAAACAGGCAGGUCACCUACUCGAAGAGAAGAGGGGGAAUCAUCAAGAAGGCGAAGGAGCUCACAGUCCUCUGCGAUGCUGAGGUCUCCCUUAUAAUGUUCUCCAGCACUGGCAAGUUCUCCGAGUAUUGCAGCCCUUCUACAAGCACGAAGAAGAUUUACGAUCGAUACCAGCAAGUCUCAGAAACCAACUUAUGGGACACCCACUAUGAGAAGAUGCAAAGGGACUUGGGCAAUCUCAAGGAGGAGAGUAACCGGCUUCGGAAACUUAUAAGGCAAAAGAUGGGGGAAGAUAUUAAUGAAUUGAAAUAUAAAGAGCUGCGUGAUCUUGAGCAAAAUCUUGAGGAAUGGGUGAAACGCAUCAGAGAUAAGAAGAACCAUUUGGUGACAAACCAAACUGAAACAUGUAAAAAAAGGACUUUAUUUCAGAUAAAGAAUUUGGAGGAGCAAAACAAAAUGAUGAGGCAUAUGAUGGAAGAAGAUGAAGCAGAACGAGGCUUAGAGGAUGAUGGAGAUUAUGAAUCGCAACUCGCUCUCGGGGUGAGAAACACUCACUUAUUCGCGUAUCGAAUGAGGCCCGCUGAAGGGAACAUACAUGACAGAGGAUAUGGUCUCAAUGACUUGCGACUGGGUUAAAGCCAUUCAUAUAUUUAAGACCAGUAUGGUUUUAUAAAUUACUAUUUUAGCAUCUCCAUUCCUAUAUGUGUAAGACAUCAACAACUUUAAAUAAUUUAGGCUGGAGUGUUCUUAUUAGACUCAACAAGGAAGAGCCCUUUAUGUAGUUUUGCUUGCACUAGAUAUUUGAAUGAGAUUAAUCAUAAAUUUCUUAGUUGAUUGCUGAAA